UUUAACUACAAGUCCAUCACCUUUGAUGCCUGCCUUGUUCAGAUGUACUUCAUCCACACCUUCUCAGCCAUUGAGUCUGGUGUUCUGGUGGCCAUGGCCUUUGAUCGGGUUGUAGCAAUCUGGAACCCCCUCAGGUACAGCACCAUCCUAACUAAUGGUGUUGUCUGCAGAACAGGGGUAGUCAUCUUGACAAGGGCAGUCUGUGUGGUCUUCCCUGUGCCUUUUCUCAUCAAGCGGCUCCCCUUCUAUGGCUCCAACAUCCUCUCCCACUCCUUCUGCCUCCACCAAGAUGUCAUGCGCCUUGCCUGUGCCAGCACCCGUGUCAACAGCCUCUAUGGCCUCAUUGCUGUCAUCUUCACCAAGGGCUCUGACUCCCUCUCCAUCCUCCUUUCCUAUGUGUUCAUACUCCGAACAGUAAUGGCCAUAACCUCAGGGGAGGGCCGGCUGAAGGCACUCAACACCUGUGUUUCACACAUCUGUGCUGUACUCAUCUUCUAUGUACCACUCAUCGGGGUGUCUGUCAUUCAUCGUUUUGGAAAGCACCUUUCACCGCUGACUCAUGCCCUCAUGGCUAAUGCCUACCUUAUUGUACCCCCUGUGCUAAACCCCAUAGUCUAUACUGUGAAGACCAAGGAGAUACGAAGGAAGAUCAUCCAGAUAUUUGUUCAAACCAAGAUCACUGCAGAGGGUCAGGGUCUGCCUGUUUGA